ACAUACAUGUGCAAGUGGUGUGGAACAAGAUUUUGCAAGGUUUGUCUGGUCGGAGACUUUCAAGGGAAAAUGAAAGCUGAAGAUCACUGUUUUGUUUGCAAUCAGUUAAGGUGUAUUGGAAAACGUGUUGAAUAUGUACCGCUUACAAAGAAACCAGAAACAAAACCCUUAAAAAAGGGAGGGGCGAAAAAAGGCAAAAAGAAAACAGGAAAAGGUAUAAAGAAGACUAGGAAGGGUAAAAAGAAGAAAAAGUAG